AUGCCUCCAGGCCCACAAGUCAUCGAUGGAGGAGUAAACGAGCCCGCGCCCGUCCCACCACCGAGCCCGAUUCACGGCAGCUACCACUGGAGCUUUGAGAGACUGGUGUCGAUAGGCCUCAUCCCACUUACGAUCGCGCCGUUCGCGGCGGGCUCGAUCAGCCCUGCCAUCGACGCGUCGCUCGUAUUCCUCCUCAUCAUACACUCGCACAUGGGUUUCCAAUCAUGUAUCACAGACUACUUCUCGGUCAGGAAGCACCCGGGCCUGCGGAAAUUCUUCGACUGGACACUCAACAUCGCAACGCUGCUGGUCAUGUGGGGCUUCUAUGAGUUUGAGACCAACGACGUGGGACUGACGCAGAUGAUCAAAAGAGUAUGGCAUGCGGGACACAACGAUGCAACAGUGGGCAAGGCCGAUCUCUCGGGUCUCGGUCAUGACGGAAAACUCAAGCAUCUCACCAACUAG